GGUUCGAUGGGAAGGAUCUUUUUCAGAGUGGUUCCUCUUGAAGGGAGCAUUUCUGCUGGCUCCAGGACUUUGGCCAUCUAUAAAGCUUGGCAAUGAGAAAUAAGGAAAUUCUCAAGGAGGACAAAUUCUUGAGUGGGAUCCAACAAGCAGCUUUUGACCAAAUGGCAAUGGAGUCCUUCGAAAUUAAUGAUCCAAAGCCCAAGAGGAGAAAUGGGGUGAACUUCUGUCUGGCCACGGUGGUCAUCUACCUCAUGCUGCUCACCGUGGGUGCCGGGCUGCUGGUAGUCCAAGUUCUGAAUCUGCAGGAGCGGCUCCGGGUCCUAGAGAUGUAUUUUUCCAAUGACACUCUGGCCGUUGAGGACAGUCCAUCCUUCUCCUUGCUGCAGUCAACACACCCUGAAGAACAGCUGGCUCAGCGUGCAUCAAGGCUGGAAGUCCUGCAGGCGCAGCUCACCUGGGUCCGUGUCAGCCACGAGCACUUGCUGCAGCGGGUAGACAACUUCACUCAGAACCCAGGGAUGUUCGGAAUCAAAGGUGAACGAGGCGCCCCAGGUCUUCAAGGUCUCAAGGGGCACAUGGGCAUGCCUGGUGCCCCCGGCUUGCCUGGGCCACCUUCUGAGAAGGGAGCCAAGGGGGCUACAGGACACAAUGGAGCAACAGGCCCCCCGGGACCCCAAGGGCCACCAGGAGUCAAGGGAGAGGCCGGCCUCCAAGGACCCCAGGGUGCUCCAGGGAAGCAAGGAGCCACUGGCGCCCCAGGACCCCAAGGAGAGAAGGGCAGCAAAGGCGAUGGGGGUCUCACUGGCCCGAAAGGGGAAACUGGAGCUAAGGGAGACAAAGGAGACCUGGGCCUCCCAGGAGGCAAAGGGGACAGGGGCAUGAAAGGAGAUGCAGGAGUCAUGGGGCCUCCUGGAGCCCAGGGGAGUAAAGGUGACUCUGGGAAGCCAGGCCCACCAGGUUUGGCUGGUUUUCCUGGAGCUAAAGGAGAUCAAGGACAACCUGGAGUGCAGGGCGUUCCAGGCCCUCCUGGUGCAGUGGGACGCCCAGGUACCAAGGGUGAGCCGGGCAGCAUUGGCUCCCCUGGACUAACAGGACUUCCAGGGAGCCCCGGGAGUCCAGGAGCUGCAGGCCUGAAAGGAAGCAAAGGGGACACAGGACUUCAAGGACAGCAAGGAAGUAAAGGAGAAUCAGGAGUUCCAGGCCCUCCAGGUGUGAAGGGAGAACGGGGAAGCCCGGGGCUGGCCGGCCCCAAGGGAGCCCCUGGACCAGCUGGCCAGAAGGGAGACAAGGGAGCAAAAGGAUCUCCAGGGGAGCAAGGAGUAAAGGGAGCCAAAGGUGAAACAGGUGACAACUCACUGCCCGUCAGGAUUGUUGGCAGUGGUAACCGAGGCCGGGCUGAAGUUUACUACGGAGGUAGCUGGGGGACCAUUUGUGAUGAUGACUGGGACAAUCAUGACGCCGUUGUCUUCUGCCGCAUGUUGGGUUUCUCCAGAGGAAGGGCCGUGUAUCAAGUGGGACCUGGCACUGGGCAGAUCUGGCUGGAUAAUGUCCAGUGUCAGGGCACAGAGAAGACCUUGUGGACCUGCAACAAGAAAAGCUGGGGCUCUCACGACUGCAGCCACAGUGAGGAUGCAGGCGUGGAGUGCAACACCUGACCAGGAAGCCCUUUCACUGCUCUGCUCCCAAGGUGUCCUUGGGCCCACACAUGGGAAAGCAGAGGAUCUCUGAGGAGUUUCCUGGGGAAACUGAGCAGCCUCUGGAGAAAGGCCAUCAAUAAAGCUCAACAUUUCUGGC